CAGUUAUGUCACAGAACAAUGAGAGAGAUAUUUCACCGGAUGUAUAAAUGUGAAGCAUCCGCUUGGCGUUUCCACUCACUACAUGGUAGUAUAUGUUAGUCAACUACUUACUAUAUGGUAGUGAAAGGAAGCCAAGUGACCGGCAAUGGGAGAAGAUGAAAAUGGAUUUUGGCCGACAUUCGAGCAGCUGACUGGAAGCUGGAUGAGCCAGCAUGGACCGGCAGGAUGAAAAUAAUAUCCAUAGGAAAGCUUGCCUAUAUCAAGCUAGAGGACAAAAACUCAGGAGAGUUGUUUGCCCAAGCCCCAGUGGAGCAGUAUCCUGGAUGUGUGGUGGAGGCAGUCACAGAUUCCAGCAGAUAUUUUGUGGUGCGGAUAGAGGACGGCAGUGGACGACAUGCAUUUAUCGGCCUGGGGUUUGCUGAUCGUGGCGACUCCUUUGACUUCAAUGUGGCUCUUCAAGACCACUUCAAGUGGGUAAAACAGGAAGGUGAGCUGGCGAAAGAGGAAGCGUCUCAGAGCACAGCACCCAAACUGGACCUAGGCUUUAAAGAGGGCCAGACAAUCAAGAUCAGCAUUGGGAACAUAAAGAAGAAGGAUCCAGGUGCCAAGUCUCGGCCCAUGGGUAGUGGCCUUCUCCUUCCUCCACCAAUGGCUAAGGGUGCAGUCCUUGUAUCCCCUCCUGGAGGCCAGCAAUCACCGCCACCUACACACUCCAACACAGCUUCUCUUUUAGAUUUCGGAGGCCGGGUCCCUGCCGCCCAGCCUACUGCAGACCUGUGGGGAGACUUCACAGCGGCUGGCGCCAGCUCCAGUCAAGACACUGCUAAAGGAUGGGUGCAGUUUUAGCUGUGAGAUGGACCACAUACACACACCCUCUCACACACUCAGGCUCCUUACAUUCCCUGGACAGAAUGAUUGUGGCAACAGAAAUGAGAGGUGGGGAGCUCUGUCAACUGACAGGUUGCUUGACACAUGAUGCUGUACGUUACCUACACAUUUUGCAUACCAGAUGUAUAGAUUCAAACUAUCAAGUCAAUGAUUGACCAGCACAUCCUUUUUAGACACAGACAAUAUUACUAUUUUUAGAUAUUUUAACUAUGCAGUCAGAAGUGACACUUCAUUUUGUUGUUGAAGUAUUGAUACCUAUUUUGCUGUCACUCUGACCAGGUGAAAAGUAUGUGCAUUCCAUGUUAAUAACACCUUAAGGUGGCGGUCCGCUCAUUAUCUUUAUGUCCAUCCCUCAAAAUGUCUCAAUUUUUACAAAAAUAUCGAUGUCAACCUUUCCCCUCAUCUCUGACCCAUCACCUCAUACUACUAACUCCUGCCAGCAUCAUUUAUCAUCUCAUUGAGUCAUCCAACAUUUGGUGUAAAGUUUAGUAUUUGUAUGCCUUUUUUAUUUGUGUUGGUGAGGAUUUGUUUUCUUUUGUAUGUUUUAUGUUCAAGUAUAACUUGUGUCCCUCACUUAUUUGAGAAUAUGAAGGACAGGUGUGUGUCUUUUCACAAGGUUGGAAGUUGACUCUGCUUCAAUGUUGCUCCCCACCCUCCUUUAAACUGGCCUCUUGGUUAAGAUAAAGUAUAUUAUCUGUUCCUAUCAGUCUGAUAUCUGAUAUCUUGGGCCUUUAAGUAUAGCAACCAGAUCAAACCAAUGUCUAGUUUGGAUUUUGGUAAAUAUGAGGUAGGUCAGAGAAAGGCAACAUUGACAGUGUUUUAGAAGUUAACCAGAUAAGUAGAGUUCUGGUAGAUGUGUGUGAUGCGUUUAGUCUUUUUUGUUAUUUGUUUACAUAUCAUAAAUCUUUAGAAACAAUUUCUGUCCUUUUUGAUGAGUUUCUCUAUUUGUCAUUUAUUUUACCCUAGGAGUGCCUUUUCAGCGAAAUAGGGGAAGUUAUUGAGGUUUUGGCUUUAAUUUGCAACAAAUAUUUUGAUCCAAGUGACUUACGCAAAUCAAAAUCACCUGUAUAAAAUGUAAAGCAAAAUUUUUACUGUAAAUAAACCAUUCGUCGUUCAGUUCUUU